GAGUCCGAUCAUGCAAAUCGGAUUCAUUCGAGUUCCCGACUAUAAGGUUUUCGAUUCCACCACAAACAACGAUAUUCGGCGCUCUGAUUGAAAAGUGACGCCAUAUUGUUGGGAUAGUAUUUUAUACUGCUAGUAGUAGAUCUCUCUACGUUUUCAUGGUUGUAACGUUCAAACGGACCCGCCCAAAAGGCAAGGCUUGGUUGGUACUAAAUACCACUUUUCUUUUUGAAGCCGGUUGCUGGUGAAAUGGUUCAGUAUUGUUGUGUUGCCUUGUGCAACAACAAGGCCAAAGCUGGAUCUGACAUCUUAUUGCAUAGGUUCCCCCGAAGAGAUGGCGCAAAACGGCAGAAGUGGGCGGAGAAGGUGGGGAGGAAGGCGAAGGAUGGCUCUCUGUGGCAGCCCACUGGGAACCAUUACAUCUGCAGUGAUCACUUCCGACCGAGUGACUACAGUUGGGAGUCAGGCAAACAGAAACUGAAGAAAACGGCCAUCCCUUCUCGCUUCCCAACACUGGCCCGCAGAGGGAGGAAGCCACAAGCGAGUGGAGCGGUGAACACUUGCGCGGCACUGGGCUGCACGACCGUUCGAAAUAAGACCAAGGCCUCGGCAAAAAAGCAGAAGACAGACUUACGGUUCCACAGUUUUCCGAGAACCAACCCGUCACUGAAGAGGAAGUGGCUGGCGGCCAUGGGCAUCAAGGAGUACCUGAGCUCCGACACAGCUUUUGUGUGCGGGAAACAUUUCAAGGUCACCGACUACGAGGACAACAAUGUUGCGGAGGACCUCCGGACAAACGCUGUCCCUUCUGUCUUCCCUGACAAUGAGGAAGAGGAGCAGGAGGAGGAAGAGGAGGAGGAGGAAGAGGAAAUGACUGCAGCCUCGGAAGAUGACCAGCGUGCCGCCAGUGAGUCGAACGACGACCAGCCUGUUGUCAGUGACUCGGACGAUGACCCCGAUUACGUCACCGGGGAGGAAGUUGCGCCAGUCACGAGGAGAAAGAGGGGCCGGGGCAGAAAGGCGAAAAUGCCAAUUAAAAUAAAGAGGACCAAGCCUGUCAAAGAAAAGAAAGCUCCGGAGGUGAAGCGGGCCGUGCCUCUCGACCACUCGUACCCGCGUGCCGGGAAGCGAGCGCGUGUGGUGGAUACCGACUUGGAUCUCCUUCCCGUGGGGGAUCUGGAAGGAGGGCAAGAGAAGAGCAUCUUUCCGCGUCGUGGACACGGCAAGAAGGAGUUUCUGGGCGGCACACUGGUGCAGCAGUUCCGCACGGUGCGGCAGCAGAAGGAGGCGGGAAAGACGCUGGUCAAAAAUCUCAAGGUCGUCAUGGAAAAAGGGCUGCUGAGCCCGGCUGACUUCGCGCUGAUGACGGGGGCCUUCGGGUUCUUGCCGUCCAACUACUCCGCGCAGAUGCUCCUGGAAGUCCCAGCCGGAGAAAUCCCGACGCCAGAAUUGGUCGAGCUGCGGAAUUUUUGUGUCGCUCUACAGUGCGUGUCGCCCGCGGCGUAUGAACAUCUCCAGAACCCGUUGAGUCUGCCCGAGCCCGCGGUUCUGAGGCCCUGGCAGUGUUGGUCAGACGGUCGCCCGGGUUUCCUCACACAGCAGCUGUCUUUUGCCAAGGAGUUUGCCUUCUCUUCUCCCUCCUCCCCCUCAUCCUCCUUGUUCGCACUGCUUGUACAAGAGACGAAACUCCAGGCCAAAGUCAGCUGGUGCAUGAAGUCUCAGAGCUACUGGGGUCACAGCGACCUGGGGUGCGGCCCCGUGGAGGGAAGUGCGGCAGUCAGCGCCCUCACGCUCAUGCUGGUGUCGCUCCAGGGCUGCGGCAAGUUCCCACUGGCCUACUUCCUCACGGGCCAGGUGAGCAGUGGACUGGUGGCCAGCCUAGUGUCGCAGGCUCUGCAUAGCACGGCCGAGGAAGGACUGCUGGUCAAGGCCGUGGUCACCGACGGCCAGCUGGAGAGCCAGAAGGCGGCCGCUCACCUGGGCUUCUCCCUCAGCCCCGCGGGCCCGACGUGCUUCGUCCCUCACCCGCACAGAGACAUGAGCCAACACAAGCUGUGGUUCCUGUGUGACCCGGCACUCACGCUGGCCCGAACCACAGACCUCUUGGCUGACAGGGGCACCAUCUACAACCGCACGCAGAACGGCGACCUGGCUGUCUCCUGGCGGUUCAUCGAUUCCCUCCGUCGGCACCAGGCCGGUUCGCGCCCUCUAGAAAAUAAACUGUGGCUCGGAAAACAAGAGCCGAAGCAGCGAACAGCCCCCCUGUCUGCAUCAGUGGCUUCAGCCCUGGACCGACUGCGAGAGGAGGAAGGAUUGGCGCAGUUCCAAGGAUGUGAAGAAACGUGUCGCUUCAUCCGCGUCAUCGACCUUCUAUCCAGCUGCCUGAUGGCCAGGAACCCGUUUGCCACGGGUGUCCACGCCCCCUUGACCAGCGAGAACCGUUCCCGCUGGCACAUGUUCCUCACGGAAGCGAUCGGCUAUCUGCAGUCGCUGUACGACGAUGCCAAGACCUCGCUGUCCUUGGCAGACAGGACGGGGGCAGUGACCGGACUUAUUGUCACGGCCACCUCGCUGCGGGAUCUCACGGCAGAGCUCCUAGAAGAUGAUCACAUGACUUAUGUGCUGCCCUACAAGUUGUCCCUGGAGCACACCCGCAACUUCUUCCGCAAGGUCGCCCGGCAAGGAAACUGGCGAGGGUCGCCCACCGCCGCAGAGUUCUGCACAGCCAUGAAGUCUCUAGCAUCGCGACGUGACCUUGACCUCACACUGUUUGCAGACACGGACACCGUUUUCUCAGCGGACCCUGAGGUCAAGCUGUACAGCGCCGGGGGAGAGAGCCGGGAGGUGGCCGGCGGGGAGUUUGAGUUCGAGUCUCAAGCGGAACAGCUCUCCGCGGCGCUGCGAGUUUCUGACCCGGACUGGCUGCGGCCGUCUCUUCUGCUCACUGCUCGUUACAUCUGCCGCUGUUUGCGAGAGACCGUCGUCUGUGCUCGCUGUCUGGAGACCUUACAAGCCAGUGGUUUGGAGCCAACAGACGUGGCGACUGGCUGGCCGUCUGCUGAAGAAGAAUCCCGAGACUCUCGAUCCGUUCCCCACGGAGUUUUGAAAGUCGUGCUGACGUGUGAGCGUGCGUUCAAAACGAGACUGCCGAAAGACUGUCUGAGGAGUUUCCUGCCCUGGGCAGAGCUGAUUGGUCGGCAGAUUGAGACACAGGUGUUCGAUUCGCUGAAGGACAAGUUGGCGCAUGUGUUCCCCGCGGGGGCGUGCCAGGAACACUUCUACGAGCACGAGCUUGGCGUGGAGGUGCCACAUGUCCUUCAGCUGCUCAAGCGGAUCGUCUCCCUCUACUGCCGGCUGCGACUCCACCCCGCCCGCAGCUUGCACCAGCUCUGUCUCGCUCUCACCGCUCGGAGAGAGAGCAGAGACAAAACACGGAGCUCGGGGCUCGUCUACAGUGCUAUGUAGUAGUUUAUCGUCUCCCUUACUUGUGGUAGGACCGGCAAAGGGGUAAAUUUUAUAGGAGACUCGAAAAAUUGGAUUACUUUUCGGUUUCAUCAUGCAGCAAUCUGGAGGCUGGCUGGUUGUUUGGCGUUGGUAGAUAUUAUAAGAAGAAUUUCUUUUCUAACUUGGUACCUGUCUUUGACGCAGCUCAUGAAAUUGAUGAUUUCCUCUGCUACUUACUUAACCCUUUGAGUGAGCCCCCUGACCUCCUGAGGCUACCGUGCCACUCUGACUGAGCUCAUGACCGAUUCAUGCCUUCAUUCAUAUCAUCAUCAGAAUCACAUUCCAUAUAUCCUCACGCAAGGUAGUUCUCAUCAUUACCGGCUUCUAAUUAGUAAUUCGGGAAGAUCUGUAAAAUCAUGAAUAAUGUCCUGUGUAGUAAAUAAACACGGUUUCCUGCGUGUGUUUUGUCCAAGGAGUGCCAUUUUGGAUAUAAGGUGUCACUCACUGGUGUACCGGUGGCUAGACAUACCGAGCAGUUUCACGGGCCACAGCAAGGACUCAAAGGGUUAACUUACUUUGACUUUUUCUGUCCUCUUUUUAUACGGUACCACGAGGUGUCGAGGGGAGAUGCAGUUGUUGGAGGUGGGCCAGGUGUGUUUCCUGUUGAUUUGUCAAAUUUUAAAAGAAAAUUGAUGUAUAUUUUGUGCUUAGUUGGUUCUAUCACACGUGUACAGUGCUGUGUCAUGUUCCUACAAUGCCGUAUAGUUUGUUCAUAAUGAUACCUCGUCAACAGUUGUAGUUGUAGUCUAGCAUGCACAUCGUGGAAAAUGAACGCACAGAAAACAGAUUUUCAGGUCUACCAGAAUUUUUGCUAACUGUAUUCUUAAAGAUCUUUGUAUUCAAAACAUACAUGGUAGUGCAAGCAAUUUGUAUGCAACCAAAAAUGUAACAGUAACAACAAUUAAAACUGGCAUCUGCCAAGUUGGAUCUAAUUAAACUUGACUGCAAAUUUCGUUUAUCGAAAUCACUUGAUGAGAGAGGAGAGCUAAAGGGAGGAUUUGGGGAGGGGGCGGGGGGAGGGUAUGAGUGUAGACCCAGUAGGCCAAUUUUGGCUACCUCCCUUGAUAUAUCCUGAAAUUGGAGCAUCUUAUGCGUCCCACCAUUGUCGCUAUACAUGCUAGGAUGUACUUCAUUUACCAAUGUGCUUAGUGGUAUCUACCAUGACUCAUACCAUACGGUCACAGUGGCGUCUCUAGCUGUCUCUCUUUCUCUCUGUCUUUCUCUCUCUCUCUCUCUCCCUCUAAUAAUAAUAAUAAUA